AUGAGCGCAUCACGCCGCGUGAGUGCCACGCUGGUGCACAGGAAACCUCGGAUUUCGCUUCAGGAGGUCUUGGUCGAUGAGGAUGUCGCAUCCGAGCGCUUCCAAGACAGCCUCCGAGAUGUCUUGCGAGAGGCCGACAAGACAGAGCUCCUUCAGAGGCUGGGGGCAGCUGAGGCCUCGACGCUGCUGGACCUCCUCGCCUCUUGCGCCUUGGAGGAGGCGGUGGUGCCCCGACUGCGGUGUCGCAUCUACUACCGCAACUUCGACUCGAACUCUUUUGCCAAAGAGGGCUCAGAGGCUCUUCUCCGCAGCCUGUCCGGGGAGAAGGACCUCUCCUUGCAACUCCUGGUAGAAGACUUGUUCCAGAAAUAUUUGCGAAACGUUCCAGCAGACUUCCUGGUGAGCGGGAACGACCCCACCAAAUCCCAGCGCGUCGCCGGCGCCGCUCUGCUGGUCCUGCCGAAAGGCGCUGAGAGUCUGGCGCCUUGCGGCCUUGUCAGCGUCGAGAAGGCGUUUCUCGAAGCUUUCGGCCUGGAUGUUGCAAAAGGCCACCGCACGCCACUGCACGUCUUCAUCCGCGAUGCAGAGUUUGUGGGACCUGCGUUAAGGAAACGAAGGGUCGACUCCUUGACCCUCGCUUUGCCCGUGCAGCUACUUCGCUACUUCAGGUUGCCUUUCACUUCGACCUUUUGUUGA